ACGUGCAAGUGUCCCUGUCCAAACUUUUGUCCUCUGUGUUUAUCAGGCUUUUUAAAAUACCGUACGACAUUCAGAUAUGUGUUACGGCUGCAGUAGUUAACUUUGGACACGUUCAUUAAAAGCAACGUGCCCUGUUGCCGUUAGUAACGGUCGCGUUGCCAACAUCGUGGCUGUUUCCAGGAGUGUCACUCAGAAUCAAUGGCGUCCUGUUCAACAGAGUGGAUAACAUCUUGUUCUAACAUCAUUUUGUCUGCCACAGCAUUGCACUCUUCUUACAGACUCUUUAAGGAUCACAGGGCUCCUUCAGUUGGCCUGUUCGUGCUCGGUCUCUCUGCAGCACUCUCCAUCUUGAAUCCCUCCAGCUCGUACCUCACCUCUCUCCAGAGAGAAGCACAGUGGGCUGGCGAGGUCCUGGCCCCAGCGCUGGUGUCUUUUGACUUCCUGUGGCUCAGUGAAGACCACAACACGGCACAUAUUCUCCUGUGUGGCUCCUGUCUGAUGCUGGGACUAUGUGACUGGCUCUCAGCAGAUGCUCUCCCGCUGAUGACACGCUGCCUCGGUUUGUCUUCCCUGUCCUGCUGCCUGACGGUGUGUCUGUUCACUGGUAAUGGUUUAGGGGCCUUUGGCGGUGUGGCCCUCAGCCUCCCGUUGCUUGUGGCUCUGAGGGGGGGAGCAAACACUUUUGUUCCACUGAUUGCUGCAGCUGAUACUGAGGAACUCACUACGUGGCUUUUAAAGGGAUCCAUGUCUGUUGGCUGCUGGGCCUCCACACAGGCCCUCAGCAAGUUCCUGUUGGAUGUGACUGACCGAUGUAACAUAGGCAUUUAAAUUAGUAAGAGAUCUGUAUGAUAAGUCAGACUCUGUUAAUGGACUGUCUCGUGGUGGGGAGUUACAAAAUGGACCUAUGCAAAAAAUUAAAGUGCCUAACUUAAAAGCAUUUUAAGACAUUUAUAAGCUGAGUUGCAUUAACUUUAUUACCAUUGUUAGGAACUGGCCUUGAUGAGCUCAUAGUGCAACAGAACAGACAACAACAUACUAAUAAUAAAACCGUAUUAUAUAUAAGAAUAUAAUAAAAUACACAAAGUAUCAUUUAACUUGUAAUGUAAUGCAUGUAAUUUAGGUGUCCACUAGUGCUGAAGAAAUUGAUCAAUCUUCAGAAAUAAAUGGCAAUAAUUGUCAAAAGUAGAGCAAUUAUUAAUCAUUUAGCAAAAUGCCACAAAAUGUCUGACUCCAGCUUCUCAAAUUUGAGGAUUUGCUACUUUUCUCUUUGUUAACAACAUUAUAAAUGAAAUAUCACUGGGUUUAAAGGCUCAAAAUUAAAAAUACAUAUUUUUCCUCUUACAUGUAGUGUUAUUUGUCAGUUUAGAUUUCUGUGAUGUGAGUUGCAGAGUGUUGGCGAUAUCAGCGGUAGAGAUGUCUGUCUUCUCUCCAAUGUAAUAGAAC